UUAAUGUGCUGUUAUAAGUACAUAAAAAAUAAUUUUACAUAAAACAAAAUAAUGAUAGUAAUAGAUAAGAGGUAGAGUACAAUAAACAACAAAAAUGCAUAUUUUUAAGUUUUUCAAAAGAUUGUAUUCUUCAUCUAAAACAAAUCCAAAAAUAUGUAUAGUUGGGGGAGGGCCUGCAGGGUUUUAUGCAGCUCAGCAUUUAAUAAAAAAACUAAAAAACGUCCAAGUAGAUAUUUAUGAAAAAUUGCCUGUACCAUUUGGAUUGGUACGUUUUGGGGUUGCACCCGAUCAUCCUGAGGUAAAAAAUGUUAUUAAUACUUUCAGUAAAACAGCUGAAAGUGAGCAAGUCAACUUUAUAGGAAAUGUAAAUGUUGGGGAGGAUGUUUCUAUAAAACAAUUAAAAGAUGCUUACCACAUUGUGCUUCUGACAUAUGGAGCAGAUAAAAGUAAAACAUUUGGCAUUCCUGGUGAAAAUCUAAAAAAUGUUAUAUCAGCAAGAAAUAUUGUGGGUUGGUAUAAUGGAACCCCAUGGAAUUCAAAUUUAGAUAUGGACCUUAGUGGUGAAUCAGUUGCUGUUUUGGGUCAAGGAAAUGUUGCUAUUGAUGUAGCUAGAAUAUUACUGAGCCCAAUAGAUGAAUUGAGUAAAACAGAUAUUACUCAACAUGCCUUAGAAAAACUUUCAAAUUCCAAAAUAAAAAAAGUUUAUCUUAUUGGAAGAAGGGGUCCCUUGCAGGCAGCAUUUACCAUAAAAGAAUUACGAGAAAUGUUAAAGUUAAAAAAUUGCAACACAGUUUGGAGAAAAGAUGAUUUCUCUGGAGUUUCAGAGUUGGUUUCAUCAUUAGCAAGACCAAAAAAACGCAUUUCUGAGUUAAUGUUAAAUUCUUUAAAUCAAAUGGGUACUUCAGGAAGCAAAACUUUUUACCCAAUAUUCUUUAGAUCUCCUUUGGAAAUUUUAGGUGAUCAGGUUGUAGAAAAGAUUUUGUUAGGUGUUAAUAGAUUGGAAGGUACUGAUUUUUUAAGUAGCAAGGCUGUGAUGACAGAAAAAAGGGAAGAAAUUCCUUGCAACUUGGUUAUUACGAGUAUAGGUUACAAAUCACAUCAAAUUGAUAAAGAUAUUCCAUUUGAUAAUAGCAAAGGAGUGGCUAUUAAUGAAAAUAGUAAAAUAGAAAAAGGAUUUUAUACUUCUGGAUGGCUAGCUACAGGACCUACAGGUGUAAUUUUAACAACAAUGGGCAAUGCAUUUGGAACAGCCAAUUUAAUAUUAAAUGACAUAGAAAAAGAAGGUCUAGCAGUUACUUUAAAACCAGGUUUUGAAGAAAUUGAGAAGAUUUUAAAAGUAAAAAAUACACAACUUGUGUUAUGGAAGGAUUGGUUAAAAAUUGAUAAAUAUGAAAAAUUAAAGGGAAAACAUGUUGGAAAACCCAGGGAAAAAAUUAUUGAUGUUCAAGAAAUGUUAAAAGUUGCUUCUUAAGAAUUACAUUUAUUGUAAAUGGUUAUGUUAAAAAAUAA